AUGUCCGACUCCACACCUCGCAAGCGCUCACGCCUCGCCUGCACCUCGUGCCAGGCCCGCAAGCGUAAAUGCUCGGGAGAGCAACCGUGCAGCACUUGCGCGCAGUCCGGGGUCGACUGUCAAUACAAUGCGGCUCGCAAGAAGCGCGCGCGGUCCGACGGCCUGUACUGGGCGAGUCUUCCAGCGCUCGACGAUCAACCACUUACCACAGACAGCUCGGCAAACAUUGUCCCUCACACGGCUGGCACCAGUAUUGCAGGUAGCACAACAACCCCGACUCAUCAUACCCGUUUCAAUGACUCAGGCCGUGCUGGUCAGUCUCUCGAGGCCAAUUCCGGGGCGGCGUUCGUGCGCAAGCUCGGGCUGCGCAUCGACCCGGCCCAUGCACCGCGAUUGCAACUGUUUGCGUGGAAUGUUGGCGAGCGGCGGUUCUCACCAGCGCUGUCCUCGCUGCCUGCUUCGGCACCGACUGCGUCGGCCAUCACGAAGAUCAUCUCGCAGGAAGAGAUGCGGCGUCUAGUGGCGAUCUACUUCGAAAAAGUCGACCCGUGCUACGCCUUCCUAGACCGCAAGACUGUGCUAGCGCACAUCGCUACGCGCUGGCCGGGUUCGUCGGCGUUACCGGCUGCAGAGUCGACGGAGCAAUCCUACGACGCGGUGCUCUGCGGCGUUGCUGCCUUUGGGUACCUAUUCUCGCGGCGCGAGAUUAUGGCGACCGAGCUGCGGCUCAUCGAGGCCGCUCGCCUUCUCCUGGAAAAAUGUGUUCUGUCGGCGGAACCGCCUUCGAUUGAUAUGGUGACUGGCUGGGUGCUGCGCGUUGCGUACUUGCGCAUGACGGCCUCGCCUCACGCCGCAUGGAUGGCCAGCUGCACGUUGAUGCACCUCGUCGAGGCAGCAGGCCUGCACCGUGAAUCACCACACCCUGAUGCAGCCAUUCUGCUACCCAGCUCAUCUACUGAGACGCAUACCAGUGCCGGGAGCAACGCCCACGCAGAUAACGACACGGCUAGCACCACCAGCGACCCCGAUACCCGCCGCCGAAUCUUCGGGAUGGCCCGCCACCUCAACACAUGGAUCUCAUUCGAUCUCGGCCGAUCACGAGUCGUCUUGCACGACGCAACCGCGCAACCACCAACAGCACGAGUCCGCGGCCCACCACUGUCCGCACCUCACGGCCCACGCGCAGACCUCUUUCACCUCCUCCCUCUCUCCGAAAGCCUAGACCCGACAGGACCAACACCGCAGGAUCUACCCGAACUCGAGACAGCACUCAGCGCAGCACUGGACCUCGCAUAUUCGGAGCUCUCACUGAUCCUAGUGCAAUGCAAUCUAAUGCUCUGCAUCUACCGCCGAUUACGGGCCCUGAACGCCCAUGCCCCACUGUCCACCCACCUCCUUGACCGCGUCCUCACACUAGCAGGUCGCGGACUGCGCGCCGCCAGAGGCAUGGUGGCGUCGACGUGCCCUUGGCACCAGGUCGCCAACGUGCCCUUCCAGGUCGUCUGCACGCUGCUGGCCAUCGACAACCGCGCCGCGCUGGCGCUACUGCCCGAUGCUAUGCGCACACUGCGCGAGGUCCACGCCGCAUACGACACGCCCGUCAUGCGCGAGGCGUAUUCCACAGCCUAUCUGCUCGUCGCGCUGCACCAGCGCCGUAAGGAAGAUGAUACGCGAGCGCUGGCGGAGAUCCUGCGGGCCAAUUCUGGUGCUGCGGCGGCGCCGGACCAUGAUCCGUCACGUUCGCCGUCGGCAUUCCGGCGCGAGACGUCGUUGCAGCAGCAGCAGCAGCAUCAUCAUCAUCGUUCGUUGGAAGAGUCUGAGGCACCCGUCUCGGAUGCGGAGCUUUCGUGGCUGGGCGAUCUGAUGAUUGAUAUGCCCAGUCUGCAGAAUUUCGAUCUCGAUCAGUUUCUCAUGACGGAUGUGCCGUGGCCGUUGCCCGAGAUGGGGAUUUAA